AGGUAAGAAUUGAUAAUAGUUAUAGAUUGUUUAAAAGUUUUCUUAGGAAAUUUAAGUCUUAAAUUCAGUAGUUUUGCAAUUUGCGGUUUUUUCAUAAAUCUUAAGUAUUAAUGGUGUUUUGUAUUUUAUCAUGUGCUAGUUGCUAUAAUAUUUUUUUGAUUAACAGUGUCAGUUUAGAAAUAUAAUUAAAAUAGCGUUAAAUUUUAAUGCGUUUGUUUUCCUGUUUAAAAGAGUUUCGUGGAAUGGCAGAGAACGAAGAUAUAAGUUUGUCAGGUGUUGAUCAUAUGGUUGUACUUGACGGAAUGGAAAAUGGACAAGAAGCAGAUGUCGGAGACAGUGGUGAUGGGGAAGGAACCUUGGUCGGAGGGGGUGUUGGUGACCCAGAGCUGGAGGCCAUCAAGGUGCGGCUGCGCGAGAUGGAGGAGGAGGCGGAGAAGCUCAAGCAGCUGCAGUCGGAGGUGGACAAGCAGAUGAACAUGGGCAGCCCGCCCGGCAUCACCAGUCCCUUGAACAUGUCACUGGAAGAGAAGAUAGAAGUGGAUAACCGCUCCAUAUACGUUGGCAAUGUGGACUACGGGGCGACUGCAGAGGAGCUGGAGCAGCACUUCCACGGCUGUGGCUCCAUCAACCGUGUCACUAUCCUCUGCAACAAGUUUGACGGCCAUCCCAAGGGCUUCGCCUACAUCGAGUUUGCAGAGCGAGACUCCGUUCAGACGGCCAUGGCGAUGGACGAGUCCCUGUUCCGUGGUCGCCAGAUAAAGGUGAUGCCGAAGCGAACCAACAGACCGGGCUUGAGCAUGACCAACCGGCCGCCGCGGGGCCGAGGCUACCGCGGGGGUCGAGGCACCAGGGGAGCCUUCUACUUCGGCUACCGACCCGUCAGAAGAGGAAGAGGCUACCGCGCUAGAACGGCAUACUACAUGCCGUACUAGCGAGUGCACUCCGAUCUGAAGAGAGUGCGUGUUCUGCAAGGGACAGCUUUUUCUACGUUUUAAUAUCUACGCUUCAGGAAGUGUUGCGUGAGGUAGAGAAAUAAGUGACGAUAUCUAUGUUCUAAGUAUCCAGGUUAUUAUAUUUAGGUUUUAAGGACUUGUGAGAGUUUACUUUUUCCAUGUGUCAGUUUCCAGCAACUAGUUGGCUCUGCGCGGGCAGGGGGGGUGGGGGGCCAAGUGCUAGAAGUUCAUUUAGUGAUUCAGGAAGGCCUUUCAGUACAAUUUGUGUAGAAAAAAAACAUAGAAAGUAUUGUUUUCUAAAAUUGUAGUGAUGUAUUGCAAGCUAUUUAUAUAACUGCCCACGCCUAGUUGUACAUUUGUUGUGGUUUUUUAAUUUAAAUUAUUUUUAAUUUUUUCUGUGUAGAUUGGAAGGUUUAAUGUUUGACAGGUUUGACAAGGAACUGAAAAGAAUAACAAAAAUGGGGGGGGGGGGGGGGGGGUUGGCUGUCACCUCUCCAGCAGACAGAGAAAGACCAGACUGUAUGGUGACACAGUGCUGUAUUGUUUACGUUCCAAUAAGCUAAGACACAGUACACAAAGACUUACUUAUUUACAGAAUUGUACUGAAGACAAAUAUAUGGUUUGACCCAAAUUCGAGGGUAGCCCUUACCAUGAAAUGAUUGUCACUUCUUUUUUUUUCAGGAUUUCAAUUAUCUGGGUAGUGGUAAGUCCCAAUUAACCCGGAUAAUUGGGAGUUUACUGUACUUAUGUUUGGGGUCAAGACAUAAUCACUGUAAAAUGGAUUAUUACAGGCAUAGAAACCUUCCUGUAGCUCCAGUAUGUUGCUUUAACAUCAUGACUUCAGAUUUGAUCACAUACAUUGUUACAUUUGUUAUAUCGAAGUUAUGCUUUUGUAUGCACAUUUACAAUCAAUUACUUAAUAACUGUUUACAAGAUAUGAAAUUGAUUCGAAUGAUAAGAGGUAAGUGGUUGAACUUUAGAAUAAUGUUUGGUGAUGCAUCAGAAGGAAAUGGUGCUUGUACUUUCUCAAGAAGGCUGUAUUUCAAAAGGAGUACCUGCAUAUAGUAAUAUCUUACUACAGUUAAAUUAUUCCUCCCAUUUGUUGUCGUUUUAUUGCUGUCAUUUGUAAAAAAAAAAUGUUAUCCACACUCGUGACAGAAUGAACGUGGUAUUUGGAAACAACAUGACAAAUCAAAUUGCAGUUUUUCAGCCAACUGUAAUAAUUUUUAGUAUUUAUUUACCCAUAGAUGAACAGUUUUAAAUAGUUUUUGUUGAGUAAAAGUCAAUGUACAAAGGUGUCAGUAUGUGUCAGUUGCUCAUAGGCAUACAGGAUUUAUUAAAUAAAACCACUAACAAAAUCAUUUUCCACUUAAAUAAGAAAUUCAACUAAUAAUAAAACCAUAUAAUCUUGUCUUUAGCAACUACCGUAAUCACUCGCGUAAUGUCCGCAGUAAUUUGACCACAUUUUUGGCCAAAAAAAUGGGGUGCGGACAUUAUGCGAGGAAAAAUAAAAACUACAAAAUUUUGUGUCUUAAUUAUUACUAAAAAGGCAAAAAACGUAUCUAAAAUCAAUUUGGAUAUCACUAGCUAUUUUAAAAGAAUAUUGCUGCGGGAUCGCUUGCAAACAACCCGGCUUAGACCAUGUUUACUUUGCUGUAAUUGCCACCGGUAACUGUCUCGCACCCGCCGGAACAUUAAAAAAAAAUAUGCGCUACACUGAAAUAAGUGUGGUUACGUGUGCCUUAUUAAUGUGAUUAAUAUGUGAUGGAUUAAAACGGCUAUUAACGGCACGGCUGCAAUAUUUUAGCCGUACCAUAUCCUUACGUGCGGCGCGUAGGGAACCAGCGAGCUGGCAACAGCGCAGUGACUCACCAGUUCUACAUCUGCUGCGCUCUGUACUCCCCCCCCCCCCCCCCCCCCCCCCCGGCAAUCUGAUGGCCUUCGUGACGUUGAGAAGGAGGAAGGGGAAGGAAACAUUUAGAGCGUGAGAAUGGCCAAGGGAGGGAUUCCAACCAAAUGUAAACAAAGAGGGGUUUUUCUGUCCUGACACGUAAAACAGGGUACACACUAAUUAAAGUUGACGUUUCUUUUACGCUGCGCUGCGUGUCUUACCUCAACAGAAAACAAGACUGAUCCACGCCGUGUUGCAUUUGUUGACUGCAACUGUUCUUUUAUUUUCCGCCACUGACAAACACUUUUUUCGUGCACUUCACACUCCCUUUCAGCAGCCCUGUUCCCAUGCUCUUUAGCAUAACGAACAACUCUUAAUUUAAACCGCGCAGUGAAGGAUUUAUAUUUACCCAUUCUGUACUCUACACUACAAAACUCGACGCGAAACUCAUGCCUUGAACUUGCGUGCGUGUUGGUCAGCUGUGUUUACCGUUACCAUGCUUUGUUCAGUUCAACGAAUUUCCCCACCCUUUCAGGACAGGAGAGAAAGGACAGCUCAAGGUCACGGCUUUGUUUACAGAGCCGUCAACUUUCCAUUCGUACUGCGUCCUUUAGGGGUGGCCAAAGUUGUGUUGCCCGCCGUAGACGACUGGUGCGGACAUUAUGCGAAUUUUAAAUUUUUUCUUUUAAGGAUAUAUAAAUAAAGGGUGCGGACAUUACGCGAGUGAAUACGGUAUAUGGCAACAAUACUUAGUGUUGGUUAGAGAGUUAAAAGGGUGAUUGUAAGACCUUGCAUGCACACACGGCACCGAGCGACUAAUGACCGCACUGUUCUAGCCUGCUGGGGUGUAGCUCGUAUGUAGUCUUGGAUUGACAGUCCCGGUGGUUUAAAAGGAUUCAGAAUACUGGUUUGAUUCUUCCCCUGUUGCAAAAUUGAGCAGUUGAAGAGUAUCGAUCAAUUAGGAUUUUGGUCUGAUCAGGUGUGUGGCAAUAGCUAGGAUUAUUCUGUUUCCCCACCAUUAAUUGGUUAUUUCUCCAAGUAAUCAAUGUAUUGAACCAGUUAUUUAGAAGUUUUUUUCUGUUAACAAGGGGUUUUGAUUAAGUUUUAAAGAGGGAGUUAAUUUAUCAUGAAUUUUGAUCAACUUUUUUUUCUGUCAGUAGGAAAUCCAUUCAGAUACCGGAUAUUUUUCAAUUAAUCCUAGUUUGUCAUUGCAUAUGUUAAAAUUAUUUUCGUUUGAACUUAUUAAAUUACACAGAUUAAAUAAAGUGAACGAAAGCUUUAAUUUCCCAAUUAAAAAAUACUACUUUGUCAUAUUUGACAAUUAAAAAUUUUUAUGAUUACAAUUUUCAUCAAAAUUAAGUUCAAUUAAUUUAAAAAUUGUUACAGCAAUGUUGCAGCCUGUUUGUUAAGUUUAUUCACAAAAUGCAUUUUGUCACACACAGUACAUUAAAGUAUAUAAAAUGUAUGCAACAUAACUUAUUUUACUUUUUUUGCUCAAUAUAGUUAAGAAAAAUUUAAAAAUAAAUUUAAAAAAGUGAUUGAGGUUAAUACCAAAAAAAAAAAAAAACAGCACUGGCAUACACAAGUUAUUUUAUUUUGAGAACCUAAGAUACUUAAAAUUAUUUUGCCCUAUUUGUCUAAGUGGUCUAUUAUAAAAUUAUAAAUAAAUAUUUUAUAUAUUUUUAUAUAUAAAAUAUUUAUUUAUAAUUAUUGAUGAAUAAACACCAGAAUUUUUAAUUACAUAUGUAAAAUAACGAAAAAGGUUUUUGUAUCCUUUUUUAUGUCUGGAGGAAUUUGGUUAGCAUGAUCUCAAGGAGUAUGGAAUCUGAUGGAAUCGAAAUAUAAGAAUCUACUUUGGCAUCGGCAUAUUUCUGGAAUCGACUAACUCAACACUAUCGAGUUAUUCACAGCAGUGUGUUCUGUGAAUAAAUUGUGCAGUUCGAAGGGAAGGCUUUCAGAAGUGCUGAGGUCAAUAACAGCCACUGAAUGAAUGUGCAUUGAAUCAUUGUCUUACAUGCCAGAAGAUAUGGUAUGAGUGCAACAAUGUGUACAAAAACCUUUAUUAUAAAGAAGUUUAUUAAACACAUUUAGUUUUUAGUUCAAUGCAUACUGAAGUUUAUUUGGAAGAUAAAUGUUGGUGUCCUUUGAUGGAAUUCUAUGUCAUCCUUUGGGCAUUAUUCAAGUUACCUGAAUUAUUACCUAACGUUCAAUCUUGCAUAUUUUAAAGAAUUAACAAUUACUUCAUCUAGUUGCUCAGCAUAUCUAAUUGUGACACUGCAAAGUAAUGAAUGAUAAUAAAUCUUGGUGAUAUUUAUAGUUUUAUCAAGCGCACUUAUAAACGUCUACUUUCCAUCUAUCUUCUAUUACACUGGUGUACUUAGCUUUAAAGUAUGAAAAUUUGAAAGAAAAUCAUUUAGCUGAAGAGAAGUAUGAAUGCUCAGCCACCAUCUUGAAUGUACAGGCAUAGUUUAUUACGGGGUCGUUAGUGAAACCGACCCACGGGCUGAAGCUAGCAGAUCCAGAGGCUAGUUUUCGGGUGAUCAGUGAGGAACCUGUUACUAGAAAUUUUGAUCACACUUCCAAUAAGUUCUAGACUUUGAAAGUUUGGAGUCAUAAUAUCACACUUUGUGGAUAUAGAUAUAUUCCUCUUGCACAUCAUUUCUUUAGAAGAGUUUGUAAGUUAUCAUUCCUCUCCUUUACAGCACCAAUUGGUUGAUGCAUUCGAUUCAAACACAUAUGCACUUUGUUACUGUAGAUUUCUUUUAUAGUCAGAAAAUGAUAUGUACUUAUGGCCAUAUGGUUAUUUAUUGUGAAGUGGUUUUCAAAGGAUACAUUUGGUUAUACAUUUAGAAUUAAAAUAAUUUAAGUAGGUUAUUUUUGUUUACUGAUUUACAAAGGAAAACAUAUUGUUGAUUCCAGAUUUAUUUUGGUUUAAGUAAUAAACUUCAAAUUUUAAAUUUCUGUAGGUUAUUUGGAGAGAAAAAAAUUGUUUUAAGAAAAUUUCUGGAAAGCCUGAUACUUUAUAUAAUCUCUAGCUGUUUUAUGUGUAUCACAUGUACUUUUUUUUAAAUUCAUUUUUUUUUGUCUUAAAUACUUCCUGAUACAAUUUAUUUUGUGAUUAUAUAUGCAUCAUAUGUUUUGUAUAUAAGUAGUUGUAUUGUAUUUUCUUGUUUUGUGUAAAUUUUAUUUAUUACAUGUGUGGCCAAGAAAGUUUCUGCAUCUCUUUGUAGGGGAGUUCUCAGAAUUGUACUGGAAGGCCGUCCAGCUAAACAAUCGGUAGCGAUACAUAUUGAAUAAGUAAAGGAAGGGUCACCCAAUGCUGUGUGGUGUGUGCUGUGUGUGUUCUCUCUAACCAUGUGUUUUCAGGUGCAACCUGGCCUGUGGAGGGGGGUGGGGGAGGGGCAUAGGAAAAAGAGUUGCUGAUUUUUUAAGUAUGGAAAAGUAAAAAAAAAUCUAAAACUAGUUAAAAAAAUAAAAAAUAAGUAAGAAUGUAAUAAAAAUAAAAUUAAUUAAAUGUAUGAAAAGUUCUUAAUAAAGAUAUCAAAAUAGAUUGUC